GCAAACAAGGCGUCAAGAAAAUCUUAACGAUAUUGGACAUUUCAUUUUUCCUGGUAUACAAGAUAGAGUCAAAAGAUGAAAGUGGUGUUUCUGAUCAGUUUCCUUUUGGUCACAGCCCACUGCACACCAGUACGAGAAUUUCAUUCUGGAAUUCGCCAUGAUCACUUCUUAAACUGGAAGGGGAUCCAUCAAAGAAUGAGCCCAUGUAGACUAUUACUGCGUCACCUGUUCCUUCAGAGGUUUUAUGACAUCUUCAAUACCUGUCGGAAAGCACGAAUGAACAGACGGACUACCGUAGUUCCCACGUUACCAUUCCCACCAAUAACAGACAUUGCUCCUCCUUUGACUCCUAACCCAACAGGCUCCUAUACCCCCGACAGACGGGGAGAUUCAUAA